AUGGCUAGAGCUGUUGAUUCUACAUUUGUGCUAAUAUUGAUCCUCGAAUGCUUGCGUUAUACAGAACAAUUAAACCCAGAAUCAAGGCAAGGGGAUGGAUUUGAUCAUGUGGCAGAGCAACAAGAGGCUGAAGAAGAUCACCCUGAGGAGGUUGAGAAUUUUCAAAACCUUGGAACUCUAAGCAAUAGCUUCAACUAUGAAAUUCCAUGUAUUGAAGUUGAUCCAAGUAAUGAAGCUGCAUUUAAUUAUGUGAGAAAGGUUUUAGAUCUCUCUGGGUUCACUGGCCAUAUCUCCCCAGGGAUAUGGUAUUCUGACAACCAACCAGUUGAUCCUUCAGUGUAUGAAGAAUUGGAGGGGUGCUUGCUUCUUGAUCCUGAUUGUUCUGGUAACAGUGGGGAAGGUGGAGAAUGUAAUCACCUGCUUCUGUUUGAUAUAGUAAAUGAAGGGUUGUUGGAGAUUUUUGGAAGAUCGUACAGCUAUUAUCCAAGACCAUUGUCUUCUCUCUCCCACGUUCAUCCAAUGCCAUCCGGAGAAAAUGUUCUCUACAAUGUGUGGAAACUUAUUAGCUGGUAUCUCAACUCAACAAUAUAUGAUUAUUACACAUCAUUGGAUUAUUAUGUGAGCCAAGAUCUAGCAAAAUAUGAUGGGUGGAUGAAUCUCCAAUUUGAUUCUGAAUGUGUGGGGCUUGAGCUAGAUGACUUGAUUUUUGAUGAUCUUUUGGAGGAAAUAAUAUCCUAA